GGCAGCGAUGAAUCGUUUUGACAACUUGUCUCACCCAUAAGAAAAUUUUGGCUUUCGUUGAACGGGAAAAUUUUAGAAUUUAUAAAAAUUGUCAAUAUUAAAACGUGAAUUGCGACAACACUUAUUUUUUUGCAUUAGUUUGUUUUAUCAAAUACAUUAUGUCAAAUUACGAUAUCUAUGGUACGCCAACCAAGCCAAACAAUAAUUGUCGAACCUGCACAGAUUUUAAAUUCUGGUCGAAACAGCAGAGGCAGAUAUUUCACAAAGCCGACGAUGCAAAAGAUCCAGCUAAAGUUAACGAUACAAGCGGUGGCGGCAAUCGCAAUGACACGAAUGACUACGAAAGAGAAGAUUGUCCAUUAGAUAAAAAUAAAUUGGGCCGUUUCACCUGGGGCCUCUUGCACACUAUGGCCGCUUUUUAUACAGACAACCCGACCGAUUCGGAGAAAAAAGAUAUGAAAAGCUUUUUCGAUGUCUUUGCAAGAGUAUACCCCUGCGAGUAUUGUGCUAGAGAUUUUCAAAAAGAUUUACGUGACAAUCCAGUUAAAGUAAACUCACAAAAGGAAUUUUCCAUAUGGUUGUGCAACUUUCAUAACCGCGUUAAUAAAAAGUUAGGUAAACCUCUUUUCGAUUGUGGCAAAAUAAAUGAACGAUGGAGAGACGGUUGGCUAGAUGGAUCCUGCGAUUAACGGACAGCAACACACGCCCAACCAUUCAUUCUUCAUAAGAAGAAUAUGGGAGAGUUGUGUUGGUCUUUAUGCUUUACUAAGUAUAUUCGGUAGCUUUCUUUGCCACCAUUUGUUUGAAUUGGUUGGUUUACUAUAGUAGUUGCUAGAUUUGUAUAUUUGUGUGUAUAUAUAUAUAUUUAUAAAGACUAAGUGUACAAACUAUUCAAUAAAAGAAGAAAUCGUUGAAUAAAAAAAAAUUUAUGGCGAAAAGCACAUUUUCGAAAUACAUUUCAACGUUCUUUCGUCAGAAAAAUAUCAAAGAGCUGAGAAAGCUCUAUUUCUAAACAACGAUUGUGCUUACCGUGCAAAAGAGUACUUUCAAAAAAAU